CGUGCCGUUUGCGUCAAAGGGAAUGCACGAUUGUUGAGUAGUAACGACUUGCAUGAUAUCGGGAUUACGUAAUCCGAUUACAAAAACCAAGACUUUGCAAUUACGGGACAGUAGGUUUUAUUUUACGAAUCACGCUAUUCCACGUUAAUCCAGCAACGUAAUCUGCCGACUGUGCCCGUAAACUUGAAAAGAGCCGUGUACGGCAGCUCUUCGAUGAGGAUGGAGAGGUCUCGUACAUCAUUUGACCACUGGCUGCACAAAAAUAAUUUCACUUUCAGAGAGUCGAGGGGUAGAAACAUCACUGUUCAGUGUAACCUCUGUCUCCCAACAAUUAAACUGUUAUCCACUGCAAAGGACACCACAUCUAAUCUAAAGAAGCACUUGGAGAGAAAGCAUUCUUUGCAGUUUAAGAAGAAACUAUGCAAAGAUGAACCAAGCAAUUCAGGACAUCAGGUUCCCGAAUUUGGACCAUCCGACACGAAACAACCUAAGAUGGAUCACACUCUGUACACAUCCCAGUCAAAACUGAAUGCCCUGAUCUUCAACUUCAUCGUGGAGGACGUUCAACCCAUUUCAAUUCUAGAGCAACCCGGGUUCCAGCGUUUGAUCGAAGUGUUAAGCAGAGGCAAAACGGUCAUGAAUCGCAAGACUUUUGUUUCCAGGCUCGACGCAACAUUUGAUAAAAUGAAAGAGGAGCUGCGAGCGAAACUCGACAGAGUGCAGUCACUGUGCACAACUGCUGAUAUAUGGUCCGUUCAAGACCGAAGUUAUUUCGGAAUUACUUGUCACUGGCUCGAGGACAAUUUCGAAAGAAAGUCAGUCGCUCUCGCCUGUACACGUAUGUAUGGUGGACACACUUGUGAAACGGUCAUAGCAAAAAUCCAAGAAAUCCAUUCUUCCUAUAACAUCGAGAGCAAAAUCUGCUCUACUGUCACCGAUAACGGAAGCAAUUUCGUCAAAGCCUUCAGAGAGUUCUUACCUGAGGAUGAGCGUGAAGUCGAAGAAAUUCAGUUUGAGGAUUUGGGAAAAAUGCUUAGUGAGGGGGAUGUGGGUGGAGACUUCUUUCUGAGUUAUUUCCUACCACCCCACCAACAAUGUGCUGCUCAAACGCUCAACCUGAUCGCCUCGAAGGAUCUAGCGGACGCCAUCUCAAAAGAACCGGUACAGAGAGUGCACGUUAGCUCAACCGCAAAGUGUGCGUUGAUAUGGCAGAAAGCUCAUAGCUCACAGAUGGUGGCUGACAUGGUGGAAACCAUUGCAAAUAUAAAAUUCACAGAUCCUUGCCUGACCCAAUGGGGCUCAGAAUAUAACUUUGUCCAGAAGAUCAUGUCGCUGACUGAUGAACAGCUCACACAACUAAUUGACAUCUUGGACGUCCCAAAUUUUGUUCCUGAGGAAACGGCAUAUCUCAGAGAGUAUGCAGAUGUCUUCAAACCAGUGGCUUUUGCGCUCGAUCUCUUGCAGGGAGAACAAAAGUGUUUCCUUGGCAUUGUGAUACCGACGUUGCUGACCCUGAAAAGGAAGCUCCAGGAGAAGGCAGCAAACACUCAGUUUUUCUCCGAGGUCAUCGACGGCACCGUUGAGGCAAUUGACUCUCGCUUCAAGCAGGUGUUUAACAGUACUGACGCCAAGUUAGCCACAACCACCAUGCCACAGUUUAGACUGUGGUGGUUACCAGAAGGUGAAAGAGAAUCUCUGCGUGAACGGUUGGUCGCCGAGGUGUCACAGUUAGACCAAGGGAAUGAAGAAGCCGACACAAAUGGAGUCUCCGUUCACGAGGAUGAAUUCUUUUCGUAUGGACCUGGAAGUUCUGGUAACAGAGAUGGAAAAAGGGGAGCUGCCGAAGAGGUACGAAUUUACCUUGAGGGCACAAACAAAGAUCUGCAGUGCCUGAAUGAAUUUCCAGGCGUGAAAAAACUGUUUAUCAAGUUCAAUACAACGUUGCCCUCGAGUGUCCCGGUAGAACGGUUAUUCAGCAGUGGGGGGAAUAUUUUAACCCGUAAAAGAAGUGCUCUCACAGAUGAACAGUUUGAGCGUCUGCUCCUUUUACGUUACAACAGCAAAGUAUGCACAAUGGCUUUCGAGUAGUACAUAGACUGUAACAUUACUAGUGGUUAUUACACUUGGCAUUUAGUGUUUAGUUUUUUUAUUUAAAGGGAUAGUUCAGCCAAAAAUGAAAAUUUGUCAUUUAUUCACCCUUAUGUUAUUGAAAACCUGUGUAUGACUCUUCUGUGGGACACAAAGCUAUUUGAGAAAUGUGUUGUGUGUGUAACCAUAUAAAAGUCAAUAGGGCUCCAUGUUGUUGGGGCACCAACGUUAUUCAAAAUAUUUUUUUUGUAUUCUGCAGAAGAAAGUUAUACAGGUUUGGAAUGAUAUGAGGGUGAGGAAAUGAUUCAAGAAUUUUUGGGUGAACUGACCCUUAGGUGCAUUAUGUUCUUUGUGACAUCACAUGAAUCAGUUAGCUACCUUUUAGGUGACAUAAGGUAAAAGUGGGUCAGUGGUUAAGAUUGUCAGUCUCUCAUUUAAUCAAUAAUGAAAAAUUAUCUUAAAUGGCUGGCUUUGAUAAAGAGAUUUUUUUGCACGUCAGAUUUUCUUCAUAGCAAGUAAAAUAAGAUGCAUUGUCCAGAUCUUUGGGGGUAAAGUGUGAUCUUGCUUUGAAAAGUGUGUCACACUUAUUAGAAAAUUGGGAAAUUAAACCCACAACUACAAGAAAAUUAUUAAAAUUAAUAAGAUUUUGCCCUGAAAUGGUUGGAAUGUUGACUAAUGAUGUGCUUGUUCAAUUUAAUAUAGGCUAGUUUUGUAAACUAUGUUUUUCUAUCAACAGUU